AUUAUGCGAGGCAUUGCAAGUUUCUCUGUUUAAUUUAUGAGCACUGCUAAAUCAUCCGAAUUCGGAAGUGUUAAACACUUCAGAGGGGAUUGUAUGGAAAAGCGUACAUAUUUAAUUCAUGAGAGAGAGUUGAAGGCUCUUUCUAAGAAAAUAGCAGGAGGAACAGUAAUUUUCCUUAAUUUAUAGGGUAAACCAUUGGCUUGAUUGAUUAAGCUGCCAAAAUUCAUUGGUUUCCUGCUAAACUUCAGCUGCAUACCAUUCAUUCUACUUUUUCUUCCUUUCCUUCCUCUCCUCUAUUGUUUCAUGGAGAAAUCCAAGACCCCUAUUCUGAACCUCACAAUCCUCGCCCUCCUCUUCACUGGGCUUCUCUAUAUCGUCCUCAUUUCUAAUUCAUCUCCUGCGUCACUACUCCUCCGGCGGAGGGCCGCAUUCCCGGCAUGCUCCGGACACAGAAAAUCGGCAGAGUCGGCGGCUCAUGAAGCCCCGCCACGAGACAACCUAGAGCUUGCACUGAGGAGAGCAUCCAUGGCGAACCGGACCGUGAUCAUAGCCAUAGUGAACCAGGCUUAUGCGGACCCUGCAAACUCGGAGGACUCGGACAGGACCAUGCUGGACCUGUUCCUGGAGAGCUUAUGGCUCGGGGAGGGCACGAGGAAGCUCCUCGACCAUGUCCUAGUCGUGACAUUGGAUAGGACGGCCUACAUGAUGUGCAGGUUCCGGAGGCUCAACUGCUAUAAGUUGGUGACGGACGGGGUCGAUUUCUCGGGCGAGAAGCUCUUCAUGUCGGGGGACUUCCUCAAGAUGAUGUGGAGCAGGACCAAUUUCUUGACUGACGUUCUGAGACGGGGUUACAACUUCAUUUUCACGGAUACAGAUGUUAUGUGGUUGAGAAAUCCGUUUAUACGAUUAAGCAGUGACGAAACUGAAGAUCUCCAGAUCAGUACUGAUUGGUUCAACGGUGACCCUCGUUCUGAGGAAAACCACAUCAACACGGGCUUCUACUACAUCCGAUCGAACAACCGGACCAUCUCAUUGUUCGAAACGUGGUAUUCCAUGAAAGACAAUUCCACGGGAAUUAAGGAACAAGAUAUCCUAGUCAACCUAAUGAAAUCGGGCAUUUUCAAAGCAUUGGGACUCAAGGUUAGGUUCUUGGACAGCCUUUACUUCAGCGGAUUCUGCACUGAUAGUAGAGAUUUCGGGUCAGUCACCACAGUCCAUGCCAACUGCUGCCGAAGCAUAGUAGCCAAGGUACUCGACCUCACGGCAGUCCUUAGAGACUGGAAGCGGUACAGGUUUUGGCAUCGGAAGGCUGGAUAUGCUCGGAAUGAAACCUUUCCUUACAAGUGGUCGAAGCAUGUCGGCUGCCUGAAGUCGUGGGGGAUACCGAUAAAUAAUACGGUUACUUAGGGGAAUUCUGGAAGAAGAACGCUCUAACCAUAGCAGCAUAUUUAUUAAUAAGAUAAUAUCUCCAGGUAUCAGUUAUCUUCCGAUAAUAAUAGAAAUCAAGGAAUGUAUGUUCUCAUUGAUUAGGAUUAGUCUAGACUAGAUAUAGUUGGGAUUAUAUAAGUGUUUCACGAUAGAUGCAAAUUUCAACAUUUUCCACCGACAAAUAUAUAUCCAUAUUCAUA